AGCUCAGCCCCCUCAGCCCAGAGACCAGCCACAAGUGCGGCCGCGGUGCUCGCCUCACGCGGCGGCGGCGGCGGCGUCGCUGACAUGGAGCUGCGGGCCCCCCGCGGGUUUCCUCACCGCGCCCUCUGCGGGGAGCAGGGUUCCUCAUAUCCCAAAUGGGGGCUGUGAUACCAACCUCAUAGGUGUAUUUUAUGAAGGAAAUGAAAUAAUGUGUGUGAGGCUCAAGGCACACUGUAGGCAUUCAGAAUAAUUCUGCUACAAGGCUGACUUCAAGAACGUGAAUUGUUGACCUCAUCCCAACACUGGAACCUCAGAUGUUAUUCUAAUUUUUGCACCAUUCCAAGCAAGUUGACUUGAUAAGGAAAUAAAAUUGAACCUUAGGGGUCUGAUGGAAAUUCACUGUGACGUUUAAAUCAAGAAAACUUGCUGAUGCCCACAGAGCCUUUCCCCCAUGGGCCCUGAUGGUAGCCUCCAGAAGGUGCAGCCUCAGGUGGUCCCCCUUCUUCUGUGGCAAGAAUAAACUUCGGGUCUUGGAUUGCAACACCACCUGUGGAGAAAAUGGUAUGCGAGGGAAAGAGGUCAGCCUCUUGCUCUUGUUUCUUCCUCUUAACUGCCAAGUUCUACUGGAUCCUCACAAUGAUGCAGAGAACUCACAGCCAAGAGUAUGCCCAUUCCAUACGGGUGGAUGGGGACAUCAUUUUGGGGGGUCUCUUCCCUGUCCAUGCAAAGGGCGAGAGAGGGGUGCCUUGUGGGGAGCUGAAGAAGGAAAAGGGGAUCCACAGACUUGAGGCCAUGCUUUAUGCAAUCGACCAGAUUAACAAGGACCCUGAUCUCCUUUCCAACAUCACCCUGGGUGUCCGGAUCCUUGACACGUGCUCCAGGGACACCUACGCUUUGGAGCAGUCUCUAACGUUUGUGCAGGCUUUAAUAGAGAAAGAUGCUUCUGAUGUGAAGUGUGCUAAUGGAGAUCCACCCAUUUUCACCAAGCCCGACAAGAUUUCUGGCGUCAUAGGUGCUGCAGCAAGCUCCGUGUCCAUCAUGGUUGCUAACAUUUUAAGACUUUUUAAGAUACCUCAAAUCAGCUAUGCAUCCACAGCCCCAGAGCUGAGUGAUAACACCAGGUAUGACUUUUUCUCUCGGGUGGUCCCGCCUGAUUCCUACCAAGCGCAAGCCAUGGUGGACAUUGUGACGGCACUGGGAUGGAAUUAUGUGUCAACACUGGCUUCCGAGGGGAACUAUGGAGAGAGCGGUGUGGAGGCCUUCACCCAGAUCUCAAGGGAAAUUGGUGGUGUUUGCAUUGCUCAAUCACAAAAAAUUCCACGUGAACCAAGACCUGGAGAAUUUGAAAAAAUUAUCAAACGCCUGCUAGAAACACCUAAUGCUCGAGCAGUGAUUAUGUUUGCCAACGAGGAUGACAUCAGGAGGAUAUUGGAAGCAGCAAAAAAAUUAAACCAAAGUGGACAUUUUCUCUGGAUUGGCUCAGAUAGUUGGGGAUCUAAAAUAGCACCUGUCUAUCAGCAGGAGGAGAUUGCAGAAGGGGCUGUGACAAUUUUGCCCAAAAGAGCAUCAAUUGAUGGAUUUGAUCGAUACUUUAGAAGCCGGACUCUUGCCAAUAAUCGAAGAAAUGUGUGGUUUGCAGAAUUUUGGGAGGAGAAUUUUGGAUGCAAGUUAGGAUCACAUGGAAAAAGGAAUAGUCAUGUAAAGAAAUGCACAGGGCUGGAGCGAAUUGCUCGGGAUUCAUCUUACGAGCAGGAAGGAAAGGUCCAAUUUGUAAUUGAUGCAGUAUAUUCCAUGGCGUACGCCCUGCACAAUAUGCACAAAGAUCUCUGCCCUGGAUACAUCGGCCUUUGUCCGCGAAUGAGUACCAUUGAUGGGAAAGAGCUACUUGGUUAUAUUCGGGCUGUAAAUUUUAAUGGUAGUGCUGGUACACCCGUCACUUUUAAUGAGAACGGAGAUGCUCCUGGACGUUAUGAUAUCUUCCAGUAUCAAAUAACCAACAAAAGUACAGAAUACAAAAUCAUUGGGCACUGGACCAAUCAGCUUCAUCUAAAAGUGGAAGACAUGCAGUGGGCUAACAGAGAACACACUCACCCGGCGUCUGUCUGCAGCCUGCCCUGUAAGCCUGGCGAGAGGAAGAAGACAGUGAAAGGGGUCCCUUGCUGCUGGCACUGUGAGCGCUGUGAGGGUUACAACUAUCAGGUGGAUGAGCUCUCCUGUGAACUUUGCCCUUUGGAUCAGAGACCAAACAUCAACCGCACAGGCUGCCAGCUUAUCCCAAUCAUUAAAUUGGAAUGGCAUUCUCCCUGGGCCAUGGUUCCUGUGUUCAUUGCAAUAUUGGGAAUCAUUGCUACCACCUUUGUGAUUGUGACUUUUGUCCGCUAUAAUGACACACCUAUUGUUAGGGCUUCAGGACGUGAACUUAGUUACGUGCUCCUAACGGGGAUCUUCCUCUGUUAUGCAAUCACUUUUUUAAUGAUUGCAGCACCAGAUACAAUCAUAUGCUCCUUCCGACGGAUCUUCCUGGGACUUGGCAUGUGUUUCAGCUAUGCAGCCCUUCUGACCAAAACAAACCGUAUCCACCGAAUAUUUGAGCAGGGGAAGAAAUCGGUCACAGCACCCAAGUUUAUUAGUCCAGCAUCCCAGCUGGUGAUCACCUUCAGCCUCAUCUCCGUACAGCUCCUUGGAGUGUUUGUCUGGUUUGUUGUGGAUCCCCCACACAUCAUCAUUGACUAUGGAGAACAGCGAACACUAGAUCCAGAGAAGGCCAGGGGAGUGCUCAAGUGUGACAUUUCUGAUCUCUCGCUCAUUUGUUCACUUGGAUACAGUAUCCUCUUGAUGGUCACUUGUACUGUUUAUGCCAUUAAAACGAGAGGUGUCCCAGAGACUUUCAAUGAAGCCAAACCUAUUGGAUUUACCAUGUAUACCACCUGCAUCAUUUGGUUAGCUUUCAUUCCCAUCUUUUUUGGUACAGCUCAGUCAGCAGAAAAGAUGUACAUCCAGACAACAACACUUACUGUCUCCAUGAGUUUAAGUGCUUCUGUGUCUCUGGGCAUGCUCUACAUGCCCAAGGUUUAUAUUAUAAUUUUUCAUCCAGAGCAGAAUGUUCAAAAACGCAAGAGGAGCUUCAAGGCUGUGGUGACAGCUGCCACCAUGCAAAGCAAACUGAUCCAAAAAGGAAAUGACAGACCAAAUGGCGAGGUGAAAAGUGAACUCUGUGAGAGUCUUGAAACCAACACUUCGUCUACCAAGACAACAUAUAUCAGCUACAGCAAUCAUUCCAUCUGAAACAGGAAAAUGAUUCAAUCUGAAGAAAUGUGGUAUGUGAUCUUAAACGAUGAACAUGAGACCACAAAAACUCACUCCUGGAGAUCUCCGUAGACUACAAUCAAUCAAAUCAAUAGUCAGUCUCGUAAGGAACAAAAUUAGCCAUGAGCCAAAAGUAUCAAUAACAGGAGUGAAGAAACCCAUUUUAUACAAUACAACCAAUGAGUGUCAAGCUAAAGUGUUGCUUACUCAUGAGCAAUUAAAAAAAAAAUCACAAAAGGAAAACUAACGUUAGCUUGUGAAAAAAAAAUGCUGUUGAAAUAAACCAUGUCUGAUGUUAUUCUUGUAAGUAUUUUUCUGUGAUUGUGAGAACUCUCGUUCCUGUCCCACAUUGUUCAACUUGUAUAAGACAAUGAGUCUGUUUCUUGUAAUGGCUGACCGGAUUGAAGCCCUGGGUUGUGCUAAAAAUAAAUGCAAUGAUUGAUGCAUGCAAAUUUUUAUACAAAUAAUUUAUUUCUAAUAAUAAAGGAAUGUUUUGCAAAUGUU